AGUGAGGUUGAGCCUCACGAGAAUGCUGUAAACGUGAUCACGCCCCUACUUUGCCUCGUGGCAUCUGCUAUAAAAUAAAGACACGGCUUGUGGGCGCUGGCAUUGUCUCCUCUUCAGGGAGCAGCGUCCCAUCGAGACCCAGCUAUUAUUCUGUCUGUCUUUCCUUAAUCCUUUCACCCCCCUCACUCAGAGACACCCUUGGCCGUGCUGGCACGGCGCAGUCCACAUCGAAUGAAGCGAUCUCAUUGGUGGAAACCGUGCAGGUCAAUCUACGAAAAACUAUAUAAUUGCACGAACCCAUAGAGCAUUGCAGUUACAUUGUAUUUUGGUCAUUCGAAUAGUCUUCGUCUUCAAGUUCCUGGCACUUUUAGAAAUGCCCUCUCUCAGAAAAAGGAAGGAAACCAACAAAACUGAUACACUUCCAGAAGUAUUUAACGAUAAUUUAUCAGAUAUUCCUAGUGAGAUCGAAGAUGCGGAUGACUGUUUUGACGAUUCCGGAGACGAUUCUACUGAUUCUACUGACAGUGAAAUUAUUAGACCUGUAAGGAAUCGCAAGGUGGCGGUGCUUUCAAGUGAUUCCGACACUGACGAAGCUACUGAUAAUUGUUGGUCUGAAAUUGACACACCACCACACUUACAUAUGUUUGAAGGUCAUGCUGGGGUCACUACAUUUCCGUCUCAGUGUGACUCUGUACCCUCUGUGACCAAUCUCUUUUUUGGUGAUGAAUUGUUUGAGAUGCUGUGCAAAGAGCUGUCCAACUAUCAUGAUCAAACUACAAUGAAACGCAAAACACCAUCUAGAACACUAAAGUGGUCUCCGGUUACACAGGACAUCAAGAAAUUCCUUGGCCUAAUUAUUCUGAUGGGUCAAACAAGAAAAGAUAGCUUGAAAGACAAUUGGUCAACAGAUCCUUUGAUAUGUACCCCUAUGUUUCCACAGACAAUGAGUCGCCAUAGAUUUGAGCAAAUAUGGACAUUCAAAAGGUUGUCAGAUGAUAUGAAGCAGCAUGAACCUACGUGUAUUCCAGCGAGUGGAAAGAAAAAAUUUCCUACAAGAGCCUGCAGAGUUUGUGCCGCCCAUGGAAAAAGGAGCGAAUCUAGAUACUUAUGUAAAUUUUGUUUGGUCCCUCUUCAUAGAGGAAAAUGUUUUAUGCAGUACCAUACGUUAAAAAAGUACUAG